CAAGUAUUUUACAUGACACUUAUAGAUAACAUGAAACUUUUUUAUUAAUAACAAUUAAAAAACCUAUAUAUAUGAGUGCAAAAUGCAAUAUAAACCUUAAUAAAUAUAUGUAGUUAUUUAAGUAUACAACGACUUUGAUCUCCAAUCUCCAAUGCAAGAAGAAGAAACUAAGGUCACACUAACGGAUCUUAACAAACGACGCCGCUUCCAUCUUGCCGGAAUCUAUGGCUUCGGUGUUGUCGUCUCCUUCCCUGCAAGACCUUAAAGUUAGAGUCGAGGAACCAAUAAUCUUAGUUUCACCCAAUGAGAAAACAGAGAGAAGAUCCAUUUUCUUGUCCAACAUAGACCAAAUGCAUAAUUACUACGUAUGCACUGCGCAUUUCUUCAACGGAAAUGCAGAUUUUCCUCCGGCGGUUGUGGCCGAGAGGCUCAAAAUGGGUCUGGAAAAGGUUCUUGUGCCGUACGAUUUUGCGGCCGGAAGAUUGAAAACGAACGAGCUGGACUCCACGGACCGUCGUCUUGAAAUAGACUGCACAGCAGCCGGAGUUGGUUUCGUGGUGGCUUCUUCGGAAUAUUCGCUUCAUGAUUUGGGGGACGAUUUUGUCUUUUCCAACCUGGGAUUCCACUACCUUGCACUGGAUAAUUUGUGGCCGGGUGAUGACGAAGACCGUCCACUCUGCAUUUUUCAGGUAACAUCCUUCAAGUGUGGUGGUUUCGCAAUUGGCUUCGUAUGGAAUCAUGUCUUGUUUGACGGCAUGGGAGCCGGAAAGUUCAUGGCCAAUCUAGCAACCCAAGCAUUUGUUGACGAAAAGCCCCCCGAAGCUAUCCCAUGCAACGACCGCCACCUCCUCGCCGCCAGAUCUCCGCCGGUCGUGGCUUUCAAACACCCCGAGUUCAGCAAGAAGCCCGACAACUAUGAUGGCGACGGCGGCCUUGUCGGGGACUCGUUGGAUUCCAAAAUCUUCAAGCUAAAUCCAAGUGCUGUCAAUUAUUUGAAGGACAAAGCGAAUAAUGGUACUAGGACGGAAGGAAAAAUCACCACCUACAACGUAGUGGCGGCACUCAUAUGGCGGUGCAAAGCUUUGUCGUCCAACUGCAUGGAUAGAGAGAGAGUGUCCACUCUUCUCACUUCCAUAGAUAUAAGGCAGAGGCUCAAUCCGCCUCUGCCUGCAUCGUACUGCGGAAAUGCGGUGCUGUUUGCUCCCGCUUCUGCCGAAUGCAAGCAUCUCGAAAAUUGGCCUUUUUUAGAGCUGGUGAAGGUGGUUUCGGAUGGGAUCAAGGGAUUUAAUGACGAGUACGCGAGAUCUAUGAUAGACUUGUUGGGGAUUAACAGAGGGAAGGUCCAGCCAUAUAUAGAAUACAACGUGAGUUCUUGGAUGAAAUUGGGGUUCGACGAGGUGGUUUAUCCAUGGGGGAAGCCAAUAUGCUUUGGCCCUUUACGCACUGUCACGGAAACUUGUUUUCUUUUUCCAGGUGUGGUUGAUGGUGAUGUUAAUGCCUUGGUUUCUCUACCCACUGUAGAGAUGGAGAGAUUCCAGGCCUACUUCCUCGACUUCUUCCACCCGUGAAUGCUGAUUCAUCG